AUGAUCCUGGUCAUUUUGCUUGACAAGACAUUCAUGAUUGCCUGCGAAACGUUCCAUGUCUCGAGGCUUCCACAUCUCCGGAUGCUGUGCUGGUAUACGCAGAAAGCGCACGCUCCAAGUAGUGGCCAGCACCACUGCAUCGUCCAGCGGCUCAUCAGCCAUGUGCUGACUGACAACAUUUUCUCCGAUGCGAAGCUUGUGCCUUCUUUGGAAAUUUUGCUUACGAACAUCUGCCUCUUCUCUUGGUUUCAUGUGGGAUUUGCAAAAUCAAACGUAAUACUUCGUAACAGACCAAAGACAUCCCAAGGUAUCUGA